CGGCCGCCGCCGGGAGGGAGCCGGGCCCGUCAGCGCCGGCGGCCGCGGCCCCUGCGCCGAGCGGCGGAACCAACUGAAAAUGUCUCAGAAUCCUGACAAGCUACACUCAAGUGAAGAAAGGCUGAGUGGUUUGGAGGAUGGUCAAGAGGAGAACUCGGAUAACCCGGAUCAGUCUGUCCGAAAAAGGAUCCGGCAGAGCGCUCCAGGGUCACACAGAGAUGACACACCCAAGUCCAGUCCUCCUCGGCCUGUGUCCAUAGAAGAGCUCAUGGAAACAGCCAAGGGAGUCACCAACAUGGCAUUAGCACACGAGAUUGUUGUCAAUGGAGACUUCCAGAUUAAACCAGCUGAAUUACCAGAACACAGCUUGGAAAAGAAAGUAAGAGACAUUGUGCAUAAAGCUUUCUGGGAUUGUCUGGAAGCUCAAUUAAAGGAAGACCCACCAACAUAUGAUCAUGCAAUUAAACUGUUGGGAGAAAUUAAAGAGAAUCUCCUGUCUUUCUUGUUGCCUGGUCAUACUAGACUGAGAAACCAGAUUACAGAAGUUCUUGAUCUGGAUUUGAUAAAACAGGAGGCAGAAAACGGGGCCCUUGACAUUUCUAAGUUGGUCAAAUUUGUUAUUGGGAUGAUGGGGACUCUCUGUGCUCCAGCUCGAGAUGAAGAAAUUAAGAAACUGAAUGAUAUUCAUGAAAUAGUUCCUCUGUUCAGAGCCAUUUUCUCUGUAUUAGACCUAAUGAAAAUGGAUAUGGCAAACUUCGCUGUCAGUAGUAUUAGGCCAAAAUUAAUGCAGCAGUCUGCUGAAUAUGAAAGAAAGAAGUUUCAGGAGUUUCUUGAGAAACAGCCAAAUUCUUUAGACCUUGUCACAAAGUGGUUGCAAGAAGCAGCGGAUGAUCUUGCAAAGCUGGGACAUGAAAUGUUGCCUCCCCACUCUAAUGAUGGUGCUACUGGUGGAGCCUCCACCUUGUGCUUCUCUGCUGUACAAAAUCAGGCCUAUCUGAAGCUCCUAAAGUGGGAUCAUGUGAACAGGCCUUUUCCAGAAACAGUGCUCAUGGACCAGACCCGCUUCCUGGAAAUACAGCUGGAGCUGGAGCAACUCCUCCUGGUUGGGACAGUGCUCCUGGUCACGUUCAGUGCAGCAGGCCCAGCACUUGUUGAUGUGCCUGGAUUUGCGGAGAAAAUCAAAACCAUUGUCAAGGUGCUGCUGACGGGAACGCAUCUUCCCUCCUUUAACCUGAAGGAAUCUCUGGCCACCAUCGGGGAGAAGGUGUGUGCCGAAGUGAACAGCUGCCUUUCCCAGCACGGCUUUACACCGUUCUCAGCAGAGAGAGAGACUGUGCUUAAAGGGCAGAUCCAAGCAGUGGCCAAUCCAGAUAACACCAUCUGCAGGCUCAUAGAUUCUCGAAUUCAAAAGUUUCUGGAGAAUUAUCUUGCAUCCAGUCACCAGAAAACACUACCUGCUAUCCCUGGAGGGUUAGGCCCUAUCCAAAGGGAGCUGGAAGAGGUUGCUGCCAAGUACGUUCGUCUCGUCAACUACAACAAAAUGGUCUUCAGCCCUUACUAUGAUGCAGUCCUUGGCAAAAUACUGACUAAGGAAGAAUCUCAACUUGUAGGGAAGCCAGAAGAGUCAUAAACCCAGUUUGUGUGCUACCAACACGGUAUUGUCAGCUAUUAAAUAAAAAUUGUACCAAUAUUUGUCUAGGAAAACAGC